ACUUGGCAGUAAUAUUAGUAACAGAAUAGGAGGGAGUGAGAAAGAAAGAGUGUGUGUUAAGAGGUUAGGGCUAUGGAUCGUCAUCAUCAUGCCGAUUCCCUCAAUUCUGGCGUCGUCAAGAAACGAAAACAAGAGGACGAGCAGGAUGCUUUGGUCCCUGGUCAUGGAAGUUCUAUGAGUGUAGGAGAAUCAUCUGGUAGUGGUGAUAUGUGCAAGAAUACGACCUCAAUGUCACCGAAUUCAAUUGGUUCUGAUUCUGAAAUAUCAUUUCACAACGAUGAUGAGGAUAUGAUUGAUGAUGAUGCACUUGAAGAUCCUGAUGAUGGCUCUGACUAUUACGACGAUGAGGAAAUCUAUGAAGAUGAAUACUCAUUUUUGCAGGAUCAAUUUGACAAUGUGGAUUUGCCUCCGGGGGUAGAAGCAUCAGUGCCUUGGUUGAAGGAUGUUGCUUCUAGCGAAUGCAAGCGGGCUGGUUCUCAUGCCAAUUCAGAGUCCAGUUCGAAAGCUGAAGUAGAUGAAUCCACAGAUGCAGUCAUGCAAAAGUUUCGGCAAUUUAAGCAAUUUGAUACUGUUGAUUCUAUUCCUGAUCAUUACUAUGAUAAGAUAGGCGCUUCAGCUGCAGAGACACAGCGACCAAAGAACUGGACAAAAAAAAUUCAGGAGGAAUGGAAAAUUUUAGAGGAAAAUUUGCCAGAUAAAAUCUUUGUGAGAGUUUGUGAAUCUAGGAUGGAGCUUAUUAGGGCUGUCAUCGUUGGACCUCUAGGCACGCCCUACCAUGACGGUCUUUUCUUCUUUGAUUGCUUCUUUCCUGCAAAGUACCCUGCAGUUCCACCGCAAGUUCACUACCACUCAGGUGGCUUGAGGCUAAAUCCAAAUUUAUAUAAUAGUGGGAAAGUCUGCCUUAGUCUCUUAGGUACGUGGCAUGGUAAGAACUGCGAAAACUGGAAUCCAGCUAAAUCAACCAUGCUACAAGUCUUGGUUUCUAUUCAAGCUCUGAUUCUGAAUGAGAAGCCUUUUUUUAAUGAGCCUGGAUAUGCUGAGUCAUAUCGUGCUGAUGAGGGGCAAAGGAGAUCCAAGGAUUACAAUGAUAAUACAUUUGUUUUAUCCUUGAAGACAAUGAUGUAUACACUGCGUAAACCACCUAAGCUUUUUGAGGAAUUUGUUGCGGGACAUUUCCGCCUAAGGGCGAGGAACAUACUGACAGCUUGUAGAUCAUAUGCUGAGGGGGGGCCAGUUGGAGAAGUUUUGCAUAAUGCAGCCCAAAGUAGUCGUAAUGCUAGUGUUUCUGCUAAGAACCAAAAAGAAUUUCAGUCAGCUGUGAAUAGGAUGAUGAAUACCCUUAUUGCAUUUUUCACCAAAAAUGGCUCCACAGACUGCGAAGAAUUUCGAUCUCCUGAGAUUUAUAAUAUAACUCCCGCUGCUGCUACUGCUAACUUGGAAGUUUUCAACAUAGAGAACAACAACAUAACCCAGGUCUGAAGGUCCCAGGCUGGAAGUUUAUGGCGUGAAGGAAGCUUAGGGGGUAUUUUUUUUGAAACAUAGAUGGUUCAGUUUCUUUAUAUCUUUUAUCUUGUAUAGCUCUCCUAGAACAUUUUUUAUUUGACAAGACCAAAAAACUCUGUAUAGAAUUGGCUAAUAUGCAUCUUAAUUUCUAUACUAGAAUUUAUAUGGCUACUAUUUCUACAAUUCCCUCACAA